AUGAAAGUUCAACCAUUCUCCCAAUUUCUUGCUCAACAAGGUAAAAUCUACUGGCCAUUUUUAGUUGGUGCAGGUGCUUGGGCUCUCAUCAUUACUAAAGUUCAUAUGGGUAUUACUGAGGAAAACAAAGCCAACUCAUACUAUUGGAAAAAAGUUCAAGCUAUCAGAAACCCAGGUUCCCACUCACAUGGUCAUGGUCACCACUAA